AUGGGUCCACCCAACUCCAGUUCGCAACCCACGGCCCGCUCACAAACUCCGCUCCACUUCAGAGCCCCGGGCCGAACCCUAACGCGCGGCCCACUUCAAACGCCAUGCAUCGCAUGGCUCGACACCAACAACGGCCCGAUCAGCAACAAACCUUACAAGCGCCAUCGAGAAAGAAUGUCGUCGCGGAGGUUCGAAACCGCGCCACUUCUCCAGGAGACAAGCGCACUAACCAGUAUGCAACAAGACUCCAUUGGUCACAUAAGCGAGGAGCAUUCUUUUAACAUCUCCUCACUCGCGAUCCACAAGGCCCACUCUCGUGCACCAAAUGUGUCCGCCAGCACCUACUCGCGUCCCGCGUUCAAAGUCCGCUACGAGCCGCCUUACAUGGGCCAACAAAUUCAAACUCGCGGCCCGCGCCCGAGUCAGCAUCACAGGCCACAGCCUGGGUCGCGGCCCACCUUCCGCAUCAAUACCCACUCGCGGCCCGCUCCACCCUUCAGCUCGCGCCACCGGGCCCACCUUCCGCCUCAAGCCCACUCGAGGCCCGCUCCACCCUUCAGCUCGCGUUUCUGGCCCACCCCGCUCAGUCGUGCGCGAGGCACCCCAAAAAUCAUGCGUGGUAGACAGGCGUCGAACCGCUGA